AUGCUAAUGGCACAAAAGCAGAGUAAUGCAGAACAAAUCGAUGAGCAUUCACGGCAAAGUCGGUCACCGUCGGUCGAUUCUGUAAGACGUCUGCAUCAGCAAAGUGGGGGCUUUGCUUCACAAAAUCAACAGUCAGGUCAUCAGAGCUCGCAACAAGGUCAGCUACACCAACGUCGCGGAAGUGUUUCCAACGAUGGGAAUAGUGGUUAUUAUUCGCAGCACAAUCACAACAGUAGUGGAUACAGAAAACAAAGCUUCAGUCAGCGAGGUAACCGCGGGAUGAAUCAGCGAAGCGGUAACAAUUACCAACAAAACGCCGACAAUCUCGGAACUAAUUUUCAACAAGGCUACCAAUCGAAACAACAGAGGAGUUAUCAGAAUUAUCCUCAGCACAAUUCCAAGUAUUCGUACUAUUACCAUCCUAGACCAAUUUUUAAUUCAACGCAAGAGUGUGGUGCCUUCUCGGUCAGGCGUCAGUCUCCUUCAUCACCGUCUUCGCCUACUCCGCCCACUAACUCCUCCACCAGUCGGAGCACGAACCCCGCUCCAAUUCUUCUUCGUCAUGUAGAGCCUACCCAGAAUGACAAAAUGUUUAAUGGGGGCAGUGAGCAGGAACAACAACAUCAUGAAGCGAAAAUCCAUCAAUAUAGAUCUGCGGGGACUGCUCCUGGGGGAUAUUCCAAUAGCUCUUCUCCAUACAAGCAACAAACCCUGCAUCAGCCUACCACCCCUGUUGCUUCUGACAAACGUAAUGAUACGGACGACUGGGCGUCUCGUUUCCAACACCCUCCACCGGGUAUUCAGUAUCAGUUCAGACGAACUGAUAAUGUACAAGCACCCAUUGAACUUCAACGCAAAAGCCAAGCUCCUUCGGCUCCAAUUGAUAUCGUUUCCAACAGUUUGCCCACAACACCAUCUCCGAGCGAAAGGAACUCGCAAUAUAGAGCUCCGUUAAAAGAUUCUCAGUUGACGGACAAUGUUGAUGCCAAGCACCCAUGUUUCGCUGAUGAGCGGAUGCACAGUGCUCUUUAUGGAAAUGAUUCUGAAGUCAUGAGCCAUCGAAUUCUAAUAAAUAAAAGGACGUCCCUAAUCAAAAAUAUACCCCGACCGGAAUGGGUUUUUUGUACCACAAAAGUGCAUAUUUCUUCAUGA